AUGACAAAUGAACUAGAAGGUAAAGAAUCUUUAAAUUCUCUAUCACCACUUGAUUCAACAUUGUCGACAAGUAAAGAUAGUGGUUUAAUAAAAGAAAAUCCUGAUGUUCAAAAGGCUAUAAUUACUUUAGCUGAAACCCAUGUUUUGAAUUACAAUGAUAGUUUGAAUCAAUUAUUUGCAUCUGAUCAAGAUGCUAAUCCUAAUCCUUCCACUUUGCGAGAUAGCAAUUAUCUACUUAGAAGACUCAACAAAACCUUGAAACAGAGUUCCACUGCCCUUAUUUUAAAAGGGAGAAGCACCGAAUUUCAAGAGGCCAUUCAAUACAGCACAAAUUUUAGGGAUAUUUGUCGACGGUUGGAUAAAGUGGGUGAACACAUAUGGUCAGAGUUUACAAGUUACAACAAAAUACAACGCUCUUAUAUAGCCUUUCAAGAUUCCACUUGGCUCAAUUUUGAAAUUUCCUUAACGGAUUUGAUAAAACGCGAAACUCAAUGCAACUCUCGUUUGGCACAAACGCUGGACGAAUGGUUACCCAGAUACAAGAAUUCCCACUUAUUCAUCAAAAAUUACGCGUUGUAUUACGACUCAUUGAGGGAAGGCAUGUGUAACAGGGACGAGUUUCAAGUCGAAUUGGAAUUAACCAAGGACGAAUACGAAGCCAGAAAAAGAGAAAUUGCGAAGAAAAUGGGAAAUUAUGCUCGGAAUCAACGAUUGAAAGAUUUGCUCUCCGGCCUCAACUUCAAAACUCUUUUAAACAAGUGCGAUAAUUGUGACAACAACGUUUCUAAUAAUAAUACCGAUUCCAAAGCCGACAGUAAUGAUGGGAUUUGUAAGGAAAGUGCAGAAUACAAAAAUGGCGUGAAAUCGAUAAAUAUGGGCCAUGAUAAAUUAUCCGGUGAUAAGAAUAUUGACGCGUUACGCGCUGCCGAGAGAGAUUCUAUGAUCCUCAAGGAUUUUAAUCGAGCCAGAUCGCAGAUGCACAUGAGCGCAUUGGAGAGAGAAAUUGAACGCAAUCAAUUAGCUUCCGCAAAAGCCGAUUCACAAUUCCUAGAAGAUUUCAAAGUGUUUCGCUGCAACCUUGUCAAGGAUAUGAAAGCGUAUUUCGUUGAUUUAGCGGAUUUGUAUAUUGAUUUAUAUUCUCAGAACGUUAAAGCCUGGAAAGCUUGUGUGGAGGAAGAAGCGGCUCAUUCGAUUCUUAACAAAAACUGAAAACAAAACAACGAAAAUAUUCACUAUUUUUUUUUAGAAAAAAACCCUUUUUAAGAUAUAAAAACGUGGGAUAUUUUAGUCUACACCUUCCUCCCCUCCCCCCUCCCCAUUUUUUAUUUUUGAACAAUCAGUUUAAUUGAAUAAGUUUUGAAUUGUUUUAUAUAAAUUAUAUUUAUUUUUUUUAUUAUAAUAUGAUCGGUAUUUUAUUUUAAUUUAUUAGACAAUCUAUUGAUUAUUAAUACUGAUAAAUGAUAAUAUAUAAUAUUUUCUUUUAUAAAUUAAUUUUUUUUAUAUCCACAAAUAAGGAGGUUUAAAAGGAAGAAUAGUUAUUUAUUUAUACUAUAUUA